AGGCGGCAGAGAAGCGGGCGAGAGAAAGAGGGUGAAAGAGGAGAAGAGAGGCAGAAGAGAGGCCUGUGCCUGUGGGGGACGCAGAGGAGCAGCCCCGGUGGAGAGGAAACGAGAGAGCGAGAGAGAGAGAGAGAGCCAGGGGAAUGAUAACAGGUAGCCAUUGCCAUGGGUGCCUCGACGCCGCUUGGAAACCAGUGAUAGCGCUUCACCGCAACGGCGAGCAUCUCCUCUUGCGGUUUCGUCUUACCCUCCUCCGUUUUAAACCCGCCCGUCGGAGACUCGAGACUCGUUUCCGCCUCGUCGACGGUUAACGCCGAAACGAACGGAGGAUUUGCGAACGAACCUCCUCCGAUUCUUCUCAGAUUAUUCGAGAGGAAUAAUUUUCGUUUCUUCCAAAUGGAUUCUUAAAAAAUUCGAUACCGUCGUGAGUUGAAAGAGGAAAGUGUCGAGUGGGGGAUCGUUUCGAGGUGACGAUUGUUUCGAAGGAAUUACGCGGACGAUUAAGUUGUCUCUUCGGAACGGAUUCAGAAUCAUGGAGAAAAUCUACCUCUAUCCUGAAUAUUAUACGAGAAUGGAUCGGUUCGAGAGAAAUCGGUGAUGGGGAAGGAUUGGAGUGGAAUAGCAAUAGCUGAGCGUGUGUUGGAUGUUGGGAAAAUUUGGAUGAAAAUAUUAUCACUCUUCGAAAUACUUAUCGAACGAGAUCGAGCAAUAAGAAUCCAUGAAUCGAUCCGACGAUAACGAGGACGCUCGGUUCGUGGCGACACGAUUUUUCUCCUCCCCUCUUUCCCUCCUUGCCACGUCUAUCGGAAUGGUAGCCGACGAAACACGUGACCGGGGAUAUGUAACUGGGAAAUCGUUGGUGCUCGGAUAAAGGAGGAGGGGAAUGGUGCGAUACGAUCGAUGUUUGCAAUGCGAUCGAUCGGCUCGCGAUAGAACGAAUCGCAAUCAGGCACGGCGAUCGCGAUCGCGAUAACGCGCGCGGUUGACGAGCCUCGUGCCGAUAACGCAACGCCGAUAUCUCGCGGGAUCGGAUCGGAUCGGAUCGGAUCUGAUCGGAUCUGAUCGAUCGAUCGAUCGAUCGAUCGAGCGAUCCGCCUUGGAAAUUCAGGGGAGGGAAACUGUGCUCGUUUCGUUGCGCCGUUCGUUGUGAGUCACGCGGAAUUGCGUCGCGUGGAGAUUGAAUAUAGUGGACUCAUUGUGCGGGUGACGAUCGAGGAAAACGGAAUGUCACGAUUCGCGCGUGAACGGCCACCACCACCGCGUCGAAUUGGACAGCGUCGAUCGGAUGUGAUCGGUUGGUGAGGAUAGAGAGAGAGAGAGAGAGAGAGAGGAUAGAGUGAGAAAGGAAGAAUCCUGGUUGCGAUGAGCAUAUUGCUGUGGAGGCAACGGAGGGCAGGUCAACUUAGGGCCGUCGAAGCCGUCCUCUCAUUGACAGGGGAGGAUGAGGAAUGGAGCGACUCGGAGAAGACACCUUCGGUGAGCAGUGGAGUGGAGGGCGGUGGAUCGGCGGUCUCGAGCCCGAUCGCGCCGAUCGUCGAGGAGGAAUCGAGUUUGCCGCCACCACCGAGACUGAAUCCCCCUUCCUCGUCGGCUGUGAUCGCGAAUUCGGCCGCUGAAGAUAUCAGAUUGAGGCUCAGCGUUCUCUCUGAAGACGCUCGGAAACGGCUGGCUAGUCUUACCGAAGAUAUCGAGGUUGCGAGAAGCUUGAGAGAUCGACAUGUCACCCCGAGGGCCAAUCAAACGCGAGAAUCGAGCCCGAAGGACACGGACGAGGAUUCCAACAUGGUCGUGGUCAAGGAAGAGGAUUGCCAGCCGAGGUCGUCGUCCUCCUCGUCUUCCUCGACCCGAAGGCGGGAGUCCGUGUGCAGGAGGGACUCGGAGGACUCCUCGAGACGAUCGAACGCGGACGACACACCUUCCGAGAAAAAGUUGAAACUCGACGACGAAGCAGCACCAAGACUGAGACUCAAUGCUAGUCUGGCGACGGAUCCUGCGCUUCGGCCCGCCGCUGUAGCCGCGCUCACCGUCAAACCGGAAAAUACCUCGCCGCCGAAUCCUGUGCCACCCCUGCCGGCUGGACUUCAGAACGCGAUCGCGUCAGGUCGGCUGUUCGUGCUGCCAACCGACGGCAAGGAGACGAUCACGGUGGAGCCAGCCAGGCCGGCGCCGCUCAUCUGCCCGCCAUGCGGCAUCCGUUUUAGCUCAGCGAGCACCCUCGAGGCGCAUCGCACCUUCUACUGCGCCCAUCGUCCUCGGCUCGAGGAGGAGGCAGCCAACGAGGAGGACGAGGAGAAGUCGAAUAAAUUCGAGGUGAGGAAGGCGUACGCUUGCCCUCACUGUUCGUACAGCGCGGACAAGAAGGUCUCGUUGAACAGACACAUGAGAAUGCACGCCGCGUCCCCGGCGCCGCCCACGAUACCAACCGCGCCGACCACGGCCACCACGCCGGGGACAGGCGCGGCUACCGCCUCGAACGGCUCGUUGAACGAGGAAGCGGAGAGAUACUGCAGAAAUUGCGACAUCCGAUUCAGUUCCCUCAAGACUUACAGAGCGCACAAAACCCACUACUGCAGCACCAGGCACGUGGUGAAGGAUGCGCAACCGGCGGCCACGGUGGCCGCCUCCUCCUCCGUCAAAGCAUCGCCGCCGACCAGCGCGAGCCCCGGUGAAUCGCCACCCCCGCAACCGUGUCUGGCAUUGCCCACCAACCCGAUUCUGAUCGUGCCGUACUCUUUGUUCCGCGGCGCCAGCGUUCUAGCUGCGCCGACUCUGCCUGCUCCUGAUACCGCGUGCUUCCUUCUUCCAAACGGUCAUCUUCAACCGAUGACAAGAGGUCUCGCAACCACGGGUCAGAAUGCCGUGGUCGAGCCUCCGCCUGUUCUUCGAGCCGCGAACAAACCAACUACGCCCGCGUCCGUCGUGGCAUCGUCCACAUCGCCAUCGGGCUCAGCGCCACUGGACUUGAGCGUGAGAAAGUCACCAGCCCAUCAAGACGAGAAAGAGAACAGAGUGUCGCCGGCACCCUCUUCUCUGCCUCCCCCACCUGGCAGUCCACGGUCCAGAGGAAGCGGAAGUCCUAGAGCGAGGUCGAUCGGAUCUACUCCUACGGUGACUGGAACCGUCGUUCCACCGCCACCAACGGAACUCGCUCUGAGAUUGGCCGAACUUCCUCCACCACCUGUUCCUAGCGUUCUCGUGAAGCAGGGUGUCUCGAGAUGCAAAGAGUGCAACAUCGUGUUCUGUCGACACGAGAACUUUGUCGCGCACAAGAAACAUUAUUGCCAGGCGAGAGAGACAUCGGUCAGCAACAGUCCUCCGCCACCUGGUACACCCUCGCCUCCUUUGGUUCAGUUAAUUUGCGCCGCAUGCGGAAUCAAGUUCGCCUCUAUGGAUAACCUAGUAGCUCAUCAAGCGUUUUACUGUCCUAAAAGGCCAGAACCCCAAGAACAUCAUUCGCGAUGUUCCAAGUGCAAAACUAUAAUAGAACCUGGAACAACCCAUACCUGUACCAGUGGACCGACCGGUGGUUGGAGAUGUCCUGUUUGCGGUGCUGUUAGUCCAACGGCCGGAGCAGCUCAACGCCACAUGGAUGCGCAUCAAGGCGUGAAGGCUUUCAGGUGCACGAUCUGUCGUUACAAAGGAAACACGUUACGCGGUAUGAGAACGCACAUCAAAAUGCACUUUGAGAAACGCGGAACCGAUUUGCAGGAGGAAAAUUAUAUAACAUGCGUACUCGAUGACGAAACAGUUUUGCCUACACCAGAGCCUGCUCCAGCUACCACUCCCGAGGAAAUCCCUGCCGAGGUGCAAGUAAACGGGAAAACCGAAGUUCGAAAGAGUCCACAGCCACCUCCGCCACCUCCUCCCCCACCGCCCCCAGUGGCUAAUAAGGUGAAGCAAGAACGUGAGGAUACGCCACCACCUCCUGAAGAAAGUUUAGAUCCCAACAAGAGCGGUCCGCGUUACUGCAGGUCAUGCGACAUCAGUUUCAAUUAUUUGAGCACGUUCAUAGCUCAUAAGAAGUUCUACUGUUCGAGUCAUGCGGGGGAAGCUAGUAACAAUAAUAACAAUAAUAAUAACAAUAAUUCGAGCAGUCACGCGACGACGCCUCCAAGCAGCAGAACCGAAGCGUCGGUACUUUAAAAAAGACUCUUGGAAUGGGACAACCAAUGGGACUGUUAAUUGUUGCCAGUUUAUAUAUAAUAUAAUUGCCGACUAUCCAAUUUAGUUGACUACCGUUGUGUGAUUUCUGUUGAUCCAGGGAAUUGUUUGUACUUAUAAAUUGAGUUAUCCGACGUGUACAUACGUGCGAUGCGUGAGGAAGGAGCUGCGUAAAACGUAAGCUAAAAUGUAGAAGCAAGCGGAAAGUUAGGCGAUCGUGGCAACGUUAGUUUGAUAGUUUGCUUUGGAUGAAUUAGACGAGGGAAAGAUUAUUGGAUUAGAGGAAAAAAUAAAAUAAAACGUGAAAACCAAAGUGAAACUGUCAAAUGUACGAAACGAUGUGUAAAUCCACGUAUGAAAGGGAUCGUGCAGUUAGGUUUACGAUGCAGCUGAUCUCAUAUGCCACAAUCGACCGAUAAAUAAAAGGUGUGCAAUCUCAUGACUCUUCAAUAAUCUCAUAGUUGUAAUAAUCGACACAUACCUAAGGAAUUACGAAAAAAUAAUGAUGAGUGUAAAAUGUUGUACAGUAGCCGAGUAGAGUAUUACGGUACGAUAUAUUAAUAAUUUUAAAUGAUACCAAUUCCCAGCUUGUGAAAACGCUAAGUUGCAAUAUGACAUUUAAUAUAUUAUACAUAAAUAUAUAUAGGUAUAAAUAAAUAAUUUCAUUGUCCAUAAAUCGCGCUCAUAUUCUUUGACGAGUAAAUAUGUUGGUAAUAGUAUCCAUACUGCCAUAAGAAAGAAAGAUCGGAGUCGUUUCCUAUUUCUUUGCCAACAGUCUCGAAUAAAUAAUAUCGAGAAAGUGAAAAUAAAUCAAUGACCCCUUAUAUUUCUCUUCGAAUUCUGGAUACGGUGGAUAAAUGGGUCCUUAUCAACGUAUUUGCUUCGUUAUAUUACAAUCAAAAAAAAAAAAAAAAGCAUCGCCUGUACUUGUAUACAAGUAACGGAUUCGUUGCGAGCGCGUAAAUGUAAAAAUUAGAAUUAAGGCCAGUGUUACACGUAUACGCAGCGUAAUAUUCAUAUCACAUAAAGAGUUCGUUAAAAGCAUGAAUUUCUUCACGUGAACGUUUGACGAUGAGAGAGAUAGAAUGAAAGUGAGAGAAAACGAAAGAAAAAAAAUAAAUAUGCGAAUGUUGUAAUUUGAACGUUGUCCAAAAAUUGAAUUAUGCGACAACGUUGUCGAAAAAUCUCAGUUAUGUAAAAAUUGUUUUUAUUUCGGCGGGUAGUAUAGUCAGAUAAAACGCGAACGUUCGCAGAUACUUUUAUAAAAGUAAUUGUUAUGUUAUUUACAGGUCUCCUGCUAAUUGCUAUCUAAAGAAAUGCAAGAUUCGCGAUAUACCAUUAUAAAAUAAAUACAAAAAAUUUGAUAACACAUCACGAAGAAACUACUUUACUGAAAAUUUGUAAAUCUCUAUCUGAUACUUCCACGAUAAUUUGUUAUAUAUUAUUAUAAAUCUGGUAUAUUAUUAUAUGCCAUAUCGUCGAAAACAGUUCUUUUUCUAAACACCUAUACACACACUUUCCUUUGUCACUUCGACAUCUAGAUUUACCUUUUAUUAUUUUUAUUUUGAUAGAUGAAUUUUACAUACAAAAUAUAUCUAUAUAAAUAUGUAAUAAAUAUA